AUGAUUUCCACGCAAAGGGAUGGUAAAAGGAACCCUGAGGAGGACCCGUUCCUGAUACAAGAAAAGCAUGCAGUGACUUGCUCCCACCUAAUCGCUCAACAACGAAGGUUGUAUUGUAUUAUACUGGGACUGUUGACCUGCUUAGUGUUGAUAACUGUGGUAGCGGUGGUAGCCUGGAUCACCUCGUCACCACUGUUCCUUAGACCCCGACAUCAUUACUCACCCGCUGAAGCAGCUGUCCGAUACAAAGACACCAUCUUCUCCGCUAGUGGACUACAAGGAGCUCCAAGAACAAAGUACCAGGGCCCCCCGACAGACGAGUCAGAGCAGGCAUGGAAAGACCUCUACGACGUUGGAAUUAGCAAGAUCCCUUUUUCGGAGGCAAUCAAGCUAUCCAAUAAGACAGUCCCCUUUUUCGAGUACCCUGGUGAAUUCUACGUGCAGAUAGAUGUGUUUUAUCAGCUUCAUUGCUUGAACAGGAUUAGGCACUGGUUCUGGCACGCCGUGUCGCACGAGUCGAGUGUGGACAACCGCACCCAUGAUGAACCUGGCGCAGCUGAAACAAAAAGGAACGCCAUAGAGCAUGUUGAUCAUUGUAUUGAUUCGAUAAGGCAAAGCUUAAUGUGCGCAGCGGAUGUCACAGCACUUACAGGGUUUUGGAACGAAGAACAGCAGCUUGUUAAGGCCAAGCUGGAUGUGAUUCGCACCUGUCGGGACUUUGAGGCCAUCCGGGACUGGGGAAUGGAGCACCGUGCUCUGCAAUGGAAUCGGACGGUAUAUGUACCUAAUCCACUGGAUGGCUAUUUCGACUAG